AUGAAGCGGAAGGUGGCGUGGGCGGGGGCGGGGCUCGUGGUGUACGCGGGGGCUGCGUGGGGCGUGUACCAGUACCUCCGGCCCUCCGGCAGUGAGUGCGCGUCGACGACGUGUGCCACCACCAACGGUGUGCCGGAGGGCGUGUGGGAGGGGCUGGCCGGAGGGUACGACGCGGCCGUGGACCGGGACGAGCGCGUGACCGGCGUCCUCAAGCGACGCGCCGCCCUCCUCUCCUCCCACGCUCGAGGCCACGUCCUCGAAAUUGCCUGCGGCACCGGGAGGAAUCUGCUGUUGUAUCCGAUGACGCCGGAGGUGGUGCGGGUGACGGCCACCGAUGCGUCGCCGGCCAUGCUCGACGUCGCCCGCACCAAGCUCCUGGAGCAGGACGGGAAGGCACGCAUCCUGCUGCUCGAACAUGGCAGACCAGAACGCCACGCGUGGCUCGCCAAAUACAUCGACCGCCGCGCGCCGAGACAUGCACAUAAGUGGGGCUGUUGGUGGAAUCGGGACAUCAGCAAGCUCGCUGAGGAGGCCGGCUUGGUGGUUCACGAGAAGACCACAUACCACCUGGGCACGGGCUACAUCAUCAUUGCAUCGCCACCACCACAGUAA